UUUAUCGAUAUCGAUUUCGUCGUUAUUUGUUGUGAUUUUGGAUUACAUGGUUUUUAGCCUUCAAAAUGCUUAAAACCCGGGGAAUUGCCCUAGGCAUCAGCAGAUCCUACACCGCCAAGACCAAGAGGAGUGUCCUGGCGCAGGACAAGUCGAAGAUCAAGGAGUACUCGCCGAAGACCACGGACAACCACGAGUACCGCGUUUACGUGUGGGGAUUCCAGGAGACCGGCGCCUUGGGGCUCCAGACCAGCGUGAAGAAGGCCAAGGAGCGCUACACGGAGAUGGUGCACCACCCCACCCGGCUGCAGUUCUCCAACAACAACGAUAUCCGGGAUGUGGCCGCCGGCUACGGCUUCACAGCCUACGCCGUGAAGAGAGACGAUGGGGAGACUCUCUUCGGAAGCGGGCUGAACACAGAUUCACAACUGGGCUUCCAGGUGAAGGGGCAUCCCAAUGACCCCGCCAACCUGGAUGUGAUCAUCUACCCCACGGCCAUCAAGCUACCAAGGGUGCAGGGAGAGACCGACGAGGACAUGCAGGUGAAGAGCAUGUCGGCGGGCAGGGCUCAUCUGGUGGUCCUCACCCAGAACGGAACCAUCUUCACGCUGGGAAACAACUCAUACGGCCAGUGCGGGCGCUCCAUCAUCGAGGAGGAGCGCUACAGCAAGAGUGCCCUGAUCCACAGGAUCUCCCAGGAGGACAUCUGCGGCAAGGAGGACCAAGUGGUCCAUGUGGAGUGCGGCCAGGACCACAGCAUGUUUCUCACGAAAAACGGACGCGUUUACACCUGUGGCUGGGGUGCGGAUGGCCAAACAGGACAGGGAAACUACCACACAGCUGGACAAAUAACCCUGAUCGGAGGCGAUAUAGAAAAGGAAAAGAUUGUGAGACUUAGUUGCUCCUCGGACUGCGUGUUGGCCCUCAACGAAGCAGGCGAUGCCUUCGGUUGGGGCAACUCGGAGUACGGACAGCUGGACGACUCUGAGCACGCCGCGACCCAAAUAAACACCCCCAGAGCUCUGAAGCUAACCAAAUCCAUUGGCAAAAUAAAGGAUGUGGCUGCCGGCGGCUCCUUUUGCAUGGCUCUCAAUGACCAGGGCCUGGUGUACACCUGGGGCUUUGGCAUCCUUGGCUUCGGGCCCUUUGUGGAGCAGACAUCCAAGCCGCAGCAUCUACUGCCCCCGCUUUUCGGUCGGAAUGACUUCAGCAACGCGACGACAGUGGUGUCCAUCGGAUGCGGCGUCUUUCACAUGGGCGCCGUCAACUCGGAUGGAGAUCUCUUCAUGUGGGGCAAAAACCGAUUCGGCCACCUGGGCUUGGGACACAAGAAGGAUCAGUUCUUCCCCUUCAAGGCGGCCAUCAACGGAAAGGUCACCAAAGUGGCCUACGGCGUGGACCACACCAUUGCUCUGUGCAAGUCCUACUUCUAGAUUAGGCUGUUUUAACUAGCAAAUCAUUCAAUUUAAUGUAAAGUACAUUCUAGUCUAGUAUUCUUAAGGCCCAGCCAUUAAAAAGAAAACUCUUAAAGA